CCAUUCGUAAUGCCUAUAAAGCGACGGGUAUUUGGCCAUAUGACCCAAAAGCUAUUAGUCCUGACCGUUUAGACCCAUCAUUAGUAACUGAACGAUUCAAUAUCUCACCUUUGUCUAGUCAAUCUUCUAUUCAACAAGCCACAUCAUCUUCAUCGGUUCAAAAGUCUACUAAUUCGAAGCAUUUUCAUUCUACUCGUUCAAAUGUUGAACAACUAAUAGAAGAAAAUAUAAAACUUAAGAAUGAAAAUGCUUUAUUAAAGUUACAAAUUUCA